AUAUUGCUUCCAUGCCGUGAAAUUAAACCUGGAGAAGUAAUCGACAUUUAUCUCAGGCGAAAGAUGAACUACACCAACGAUGGUUUAGACAACAUCGCAAAUUCCACCACAGAGCAACCACGCGACAACACAGUGCAGACACUUCAGGUCAUAGCAGUAACUCUCUUAAUACUAAUUACGUUCCUAGGGACGAUCGGCAAUUUUUUGGUAUUUAAAGCGAUUUUUAGCCUUAAAAAGAGAAAAAUCAAUGAUUAUCUCAUUUUAAAUCUGGCGGCCACUGAUGCAGGGACGUGCCUUGUCAGCAUUCCAUUAGAUGCUGGGGAAAAGAUGAUCGGUGAAUUCCCGUAUGGAGCUGCACUCUGCCACGUUAUUUAUCCUCUUCAGUCUGUUUUGGUGUACGUGUCAGUUAUGACGCUUUUAUUCAUGUGCGUGGAUCGUUAUAGACUGAUCGUAACACCACUGAAGCCGAGAAUUCACCUACGAACUGGAAUAAUAACAAUUGCUGUUUUUUGGCUUUCAUCUUGCUUGAUCGUACUUCCUCUGUCGCUUGCACUGAGGCUUGAUGGGUCACAAUGUGGAGAAUUAUGGCCUCGUUCUUACAGUGGCAAAGUGUUCACCCUCACUAUCUUCACCUCUCUUUACGCAAUACCUCUGCUUUUAAUGACCGUUCUGUACGCGUUCAUAGUCAGAGCAUUGUACAAGGACAAGAACUCUCUAAGACAAUGGACAAAUGUCUCGAUCAGUAGCCGGCGUUCAGCUUCCCUGCCAACACAACGAAAUCUUAAAAUCGUCCACGUGUUUGUUGCCGCUGUCGUGGCGUUUGCCGUGUGCAUGUUACCAACGCAUGUGACGUGGUUAUGGCAUGAUUUUGGAAACGGUUCCAAACAACCUGAGCUCUUCAGCAAGGUUGUCACCUUCAGCAACAUUCUUAUGUAUGCGAACUCUAUUGUCAACCCCAUCAUCUUCGGGUCUAUUGACUUGAAAAUUCUUGCGAAAAUUUGCAGGGCUUUAAUUUGCCACCAAUCGCAUGGCAAACACCCUCGAGUAUUUGAAAAAGUGUUUGUACUACGCACUACCUAUCCUCUUCCUCCAAUGAGAAGCGAACAACGUUCCACGUUUAGUUUAGUGUUUAACCCUAAUGACAAAUCAAAGACUAGACCUUCGUAAUCUAGAGGUAAAGUAACGAACGCUACUUUAAAUUUUAUAUCAAGCAGAAGCCAGCAACCAUGAAAGCGUUUGUCCUCGGUGGCAGGCUACAGGAAGACAUAAGUAAUUUUAGUUUCUUAACAUCUUGCUGAUCAGUUUGCACAGUUUUAUACCGACAGAAAGGCGUAUCACCUGCUAAGCGUUUUUCUACAGUCGUCAAUUCCCAUCUACUGAAACAAAGGGGAGUAACCUUGUGAAAUGGCUCACAAGAGACCAACACGCUUCAAAAAAGUAUCGUUGUGGCUGAAUUAAUUUGCAUACUUCUGGUGAGAACAAGCAGGCCAGUCCGAUGCGUUCAGACAUUCAGACAUAAAAUUCCAUUAUUACGUAAUCAGAACUGUCUGACCAUAACGGUUAAAAAAAAGAAUGUGCCAUAUUUCACAGUUUGAAUUAGUGAUCAGCGCCUUUGGUUUGCUGAUUCUUAAUUUAUUUUUGGACUUUGGAAAAGAGACCAAGACAGACGCUGGCAAAAGCAGAAUUCACAAAUUCAUAACUUGAGACCGUGAAGUCUCCGUGCUAUCUGUGAUGAAAUGCUGCAUGGUCCUGUUAUUUACAAGUCUCAAGACGUUACCCGUUUAAUCUUUGCUAGUUAGAGAGGAUUCUCUUCUUUUUAUGUUUUCCGUGCUUGUAAAAUACGUCCAAAUAGGAAUUAACGCGUACAAAUAAAAAACUGAACCUCCCACAUUUCCCCCUCGUACUGACGCGGAAUUGACGCGAAUUGACGCGGUUAACAUUUGCACCACUAUUUUGUGAAACUGAUCAUUUCUUUAAAAUGUUUUACAUUUAAUUGAUCGAUUUAUUAGUAAGUAUUACAAGACCAUUCACCUUUCAUCAAAGUUUUCCUCUACCGUGAAGCAAUUUCAGACAAUCUUUAAUUAAGAGGAGGACGCUGUUCUAUAAUCAUCAAAUGGCAAAAUCGGAAAUCGUAGCAUGACCUCUCUUCAAGAGGCAUGGACGUGUAAAGUUACUCUAUCUAAAGUCAUAAGUAACACUACGCUUGUUGAACGUUUAUAAAUUGAAUUAUAUUUCCCGGAAACAUUUCCAAGUUCUCCAAACGAGCGAGAGCUGUAAGGAAAUCUAAAGUAGAUUUGAAAUAAAGAUUUCCACUCUUCAGCUUAA